UCUAACCUAACAAAUCUGAUAAAACGGCAUGGCGAAUGCGUGAAAGUGCACAGCGCAUUCACUUUCGCAGCGAAUGCAGCUUCUCAAGCGCAGUUUGCAUCAUAUCGCCCGUAGAAUACGGGCGCAUCUCGUUUUCAGCAACCCUUCACUUAUUAGGCUACCUGUCAGAAACGUCGCUACUACUGUCAGCUUAUUCGAUUUCAGCCAGUGGGGCACCAAAAAGGCGAAUAGAAAGCUAAAGAUUGCCCUCGCGCUCGAUAUGAUGGAUCCUAAAGUCGAGGAAGCUCUGACAAAACUCCGCGCCGACGUCAAGGAACAAGGUGAUUAUGUACGGAAGUUAAAAUCAAAUGGCGCUCCAGAAUUGGACAUCAAAAAAGCUGUUGCAGAAUUGAAGUCGCGCAAAAAGAUACUAGAAGAUAAGGAACUGUCUUUAGCUUUCAAUCAUAUAACAUUUGACAGGGCAAGGAUGGAGGAUCUCUUAAAACGUAGAUUUUAUCUAGAUCAAUCCUUUGCUAUUUAUGGAGGCAUCACAGGUCAAUAUGACUUUGGACCUAUGGGCUGUUCCCUGAAAACAAACUUGAUUAAUGUUUGGAGAAAUUUUUUUGUUUUGGAGGAACAGAUGCUUGAGGUUGAUUGUUCCAUUUUGACACCUGAGCCAGUAUUAAAGGCAUCCGGCCAUGUGGAUCGAUUCGCCGAUGUGAUGGUGAAAGAUAUGAAAACUGGCGAAUGCUUUCGAUUGGAUCAUUUGAUCAAAGCACAUCUAGAAAAGAUAAUUUGCGAUAAGAAAACAAGUGAAGAGACACGUCAAGAAUGUAGAAAUAUCAUCACCAAACUUGAUGGCAUGACAGAGGAUCAAAUGAUUACUGUUCUACGGAAAUAUAACAUGAAAUCACCAGUUACUGGUAAUGAUUUAUCGGAGCCAGUAGAAUUCAACCUGAUGUUUGGUACUCAAAUUGGACCAUCUGGACUUGUCAAGGCUUUCUUAAGACCAGAAACAGCUCAAGGUAUCUUCGUGAAUUUUAAAAGAUUGCUGGCAUUCAAUCAGGAGCGGUUACCAUUUGCUGCAGCACAAAUCGGCAACGCUUUCAGGAACGAAAUUUCGCCACGAUCUGGUCUCAUACGUGUUCGAGAAUUCACCAUGGCAGAGAUCGAGCAUUUUUGCGAUCCAAGUGAUAAAAGUCAUCCCAAGUUCAAAACAGUAGAGGAUAUAAGCAUGCUGCUGUAUUCGGCUUGCAAUCAGAUGGAUGGUAUAAGAGCGCAAGAUAUUACUAUAGGCGACGCCGUUUCAACCGGCUUGGUAGCUAAUGAAACGCUAGGUUAUUAUAUGGCUAGAAUUUAUCAGUUCCUGGUGAAGAUUGGCGUCGAUUCGAGUCGGUUACGAUUCCGUCAACACAUGAGCACUGAAAUGGCACAUUAUGCUAGCGAUUGUUGGGACGCCGAAUGUCUGACUUCGUACGGAUGGGUAGAGUGUGUAGGAUGCGCUGACCGAUCAGCCUACGAUUUGAGACAGCAUACUGAGGCCACCGGCGUGAAACUAGUAGCGGAAAAAAAAUUGCCUGCCCCGAAAACUGUGGAUGUUUGUGAGAUCGUGCCAGACAAGGUAUUGAUCGGUAAAACUUUUAAGCAAUACAGUAAAGCUAUUCUAGACAUGUUGGCAAAGUUAAGUGAAGAUGAGAUUGUAGCCUUAGAAAAAGUUCUCACGGAGAGUGGAGAAAAAACAUUGGAACUGCCUAAUCAUACCAGUGUACAGAUCACCAAAGCUAUGAUAGAAGUAAAACGUUAUCAAAAGACCGUUCAUGUUGAAGAGAUCAUACCCUCGGUGAUCGAGCCUUCUUUCGGCAUCGGUCGCAUCAUGUACACCUUAUUUGAACAUAAUUUCAAAGCAAGAAAAGAUGACGAGAAGAGGACAUAUUUUUCUCUCCCAUCAGUAAUAGCGCCGUUGAAGUGUGCGGUGUUGCCACUCAGUGGUAAUGAGGAAUUCGUGCCGUUUGUAAAAAAAUUAUCCCAAGAUCUUACGAAAGCGGAAGUCUCGCACAAAGUGGACGAUUCUUCCGGCAGCAUAGGACGCAGAUAUGCUCGUACUGACGAAAUAGCGAUACCAUUUGGCAUUACUAUCGAUUUUGAUUCCUUGAAGGUGCCUCACAGCGCAACACUCAGAGAUAGAGACAGCAUGGAACAAGUUCGGAUAAACUUAGAUGAAUUGCCUGAUGUUGUGAGAGAUCUUUCCUAUGGAAGAACUACUUGGGUAAAGGUGAAGACAAAAUAUCCCUUGUUUGAACAACAAGAAUCAACAGAAUCAUAAAGAAUAUAGGUCUGAAAAUAAUUUCUACUAUAUAGGGAUUUAUAUAGAAAUUAUAUAUGAAAAUUUUUUAUAUAUUCAGCUUGAGGUGCUUAUCAAUGUAUACAUCAUUAAUUUAUGGAAAUAUUAAUAUUCAAGAUUUAUUAAUUAAGAAAUUCAUGUUUUCAUCUUCACAGAUUUUGCAAAUUUAUAUAUAUGUAUUUAUAUAUUUAGCCAGAAGAAAAUGUGUGAAAAUUAUGAGAAUACAUAGCUAAUAUAAAAUACUGUUUGAUAUAAA